CUCUUCUCUCUCCAUCCCCUCACCAUGAAACACCAUCGCUUGCUAUUAGCUUGCCUGAUUCCGUUAUUGCUACCGGUUAGUUCGGUCCUAGCAUCGGAAAAGACCACUCAGCAGUACCUGGAUGAUGGAAACAAAUUGCUUGUUUCUGGCAAAUACAGCGAAGCCUUGACUAGCUUUGACGCUGCCAUCAGUAAAGAUCCAGCAAACUAUGUAUCAUACUAUCGAAGAGCAACGACCUAUUUGUCCCUUGGCCGUAACAGCGCUGCCCUGGAGGAUUUUACCACCAUUUUGUCCAUUAAGCCCGACUUUCAUCAGGCAUUGCUGCAAAGAGGAAAGAUCUAUGCAAAGGAAGGAAACUUGGAUUUGGCAAAAGCGGAUUUGAAAGCCUAUGUCAAGAUCAAUCCAAGUGAUGCAGACGCUGCCACUCUGUAUGCUUCUGUACAACAAGCUGGAACGGACUUUGAUCUAGCCAAGAAGGCCAUUGACAACAAGGACUAUGAUGAAUGUAUUCGACUGCUUUCAGCCGUUGUGCCAACCGUCCCUCAAUCCACCAGCAUACGGUUGCUACGAGCUGGAUGCCACAUCGCCAAAGGUGAAAUAGAAGAAGCCGUUGGGGACCUCACACGAGCUGCCCACCUGUCACCAAGUGAUGAGGAUGUCCUGAUGAAGUUGGCGCAAAUCAACUACUAUUCCUUGUAUGAGCCUCAAGGCGCUCUCAGCCACGUCAAACAAUGUCUCCACUACGACCCAGAGCAAAAACAAUGCAAAGCCCUGUUUAGAAAGUUGAAAAAAUUAGACAAGUCCGUCAAUGCCGCUACAGCAGACUAUGAAUCCAACAAGUUUACGGCUGCUUCAAAGAAACUUGUGGGUACCAGUGAAGACAAAGGACUGAUUGCCACUGUAGAUGAAGAAGUAGACGAAUUAGAACAGAUUCUUGGUGCUACUGGUAAAAUGCCAAGGCGACUCACCCUAAAACUGUAUUCUUUGGCAUGUAAAACUUUCGGUCAGAAAAAAGGCGACACUGCUAACACAAAGAAAUGGUGCUCGGCCACGCUGGACAUGGACGAGAAUGACAUUGAUGCUCUUUCGAAUCUUGGUGAAUUGGCACUGGGAGAAGAGGACUUUGAAGGGGCUGUUCGACUUCUGAACAAAGCGCAAGAAGCAACUGGAGGUCAAAAUAGACGAGUCCAAGAACUGUUGAUGGAAGCACAGAAAUUGCUCAAGCGUAGCAAAACCAGGGACUAUUACAAGAUUCUCAGAGUAGCGAAAGAUGCCGACAAGCGAGAAAUCAAAAAGGCCUAUCGCAAACUUGCUCAAGAAUGGCAUCCUGACAAAUACUCUGGAGAGUUGGGUCCUGAAGCAGUUGAAGCCAAGAUGGCUGAGAUCAAUCAAGCCUAUGAAGUGUUGUACGAUGACGACUUGCGACAAAAGUAUGAUAGUGGCCAAGAUCCAUAUGAUCCAACCGGUGGACAACAAGGCGGUGGAUUCCAUCACGGAGGCAAUCCAUUUGGCGGCGGCGGUUUCCAUGGUUUCCCAUUUGGUGACUUCUCCGGUGGCGGCGGCCAACAAUUCCACUUUAAAAUGCAAUACUAAACAACAUUCCCCCUUUCCCUUUAAUCCCAUAAAUAACACUGCGUCUCCCUGUCAACCCAUACCUUUUGACAUUCACACACCAACUCUAAAGUAUCUACUGUCACCAACGUUAAAGUAAAGAAACCAAUUAAACAUGGCACUCGUACAUUAUUGUGGUUUUUUAUUAUUAUUAUUCUUCCUGUCAUAUUGAGCAAUAUAUCGAAAGUACAGUCCUUUAGAAAUAAUUUGCGCUGCC